AUGCCUCGUCGUUCCGACAGACCACCGCGCCGGCGAUAUAGUCUGCCCUUGAUUUUGAUGGAGGGUCGGAAACUGAUUCAUCGAAAGAAAGAAAGAGAAAAGAAGAUUCUGGGGUUGGAAAAGUAUCGCCAUCAUCCGGUCAUCAGCGAGCCUUACAUUCUUGACACCAGCUUGGCGGGCAUUCCGCCGGAGGCACCGCCGCGAUGGCUAUGCCACUCAGCACGAGAGCAGAGUGCUGGGUUUGGUACGGCCUGGCGAUUGUCUCAGUACCUCGUCCGCAAGCGCAGGUUCUUCGACAAAAUGACUAUAGACGACAUAUUGAUGGCUAUAAUAGUCCUAAUAUACACUACCUCGAUCUCCGCAUUAUACAUCUACUUUGACAUCGUUGCGACGACCGACUUUGACGCCCUCACUCCGGAUGAGUAUGCCGCAGUUGGUCGCAAGAUGGGAAUACUGAACAUUCUAUCCGAAACAUCGAUGCAAACAACACUUUGGGGUAAUAAGUGUUGUUUACUGCUAUUAUACAAUCGCCUGACUCUCUUUGGCCAUUAUCGAAAGACUUGGGUCAGCGUUGCAGCUUACACCGGGCUUGCAUACGUUGCAGUCAUCGUUUCACUAUACGGAGGGUGGUGCAGGCCAUUUUCCGAGUACAUGGAGCUUCAGCCAGAAAACGCGGAAUGCUUGACAUGGAAGAACUACAACAUAUUGCAAAUCACGAUGAACCUAUCGACGGAUCUGGUGCUUCUUCUAAUCCCGGUCACAUUAAUCAGCCGGUUAAAGAUGAAAAUCGGAAAGAAACUCCUUCUCAUCUGUCUCUUUAGCAUGGGCGUAUUCGUUAUGCUUUGCGCAAUCCUUACCAAGGUCGCCGUCUUCACCUACUCAACCGACUUCGUCUGGUUUAUGUGGUGCGUGCGCGAGACGAGUACCGCGAUGCUAGUCGGCAACCUCGUCCUCGGAAUGCCCACCCUGCGUGCCGCGUGGCGGUGCGUCUUCCCGCAGAGCAGCAUCACGCCUUUGCGAGAUGGAGAAUCCUCUGCGGGUACGGGGGAGACGUACGCGACGUAUAACACGGCGAAGAAAGUCUCCCGCGUCGGUUCGGACGCCUGGUCGGCCGGGGAGCAACAGCACCACCACGGAGGCGGUCCGUCUCAGUGGAACUCGCCUCCCGCCGCCAGAGUCGCGAUCAGUAGCGUCUACACGGAUUUUGAGCUUUACGGGAAGGCUGGAGCUAAGGGGGAGAGUAGGAGGUUGUCGAUGGGGUCGGAGCAUGACGAGACGAACCAUCUUCGGAAUAGCCGCCUCGUAAAACUGUUGAUCUAUACGGCACCUUCGUACUGGUUCAGUUCGACACAUGAUACCCGAAUAUGGACACCCUAUGCCAGAUUUUCUGAGUCAAACAUCAUUUUCCUGAAUUUAAGUCUUUUGAAGCAAAAGUCUCGUAUUCUGUGCCGAGCUUCGAAGCUUGUUAUCGCUUCUACUCACUAUACGCGCGAUCUUUCUAAGUCGCAGCUAUGGCGGUUGACGGAAGGAUCAGUGGCGAGCUCAGUGGUGGUCUCACACCUUAGUCCUUGUAAUCUGGUGCGGGUUUGGCUGUUCGUGGGUACCUAUGGGUUAUCACGAUUUGGUGUCGAACUGGAGACACUCGUGGGUUUCCGUGUAAUCACCAAUUGGGUCCCCACGGAUUUGGAUUCCAUGGGUAGAACUUCAGCAUUUCAGGUUCUCAUUGUUUGUUCGCUACUCAUGGGUCCCGCGACUUUGGGUCCUUAUGGGUUGAGGAUACCCAUGGGUCAUCGUUUCCAUCUAGAAACAUCACUUAUGUACUUGUUCACAGCCUACUGUGCAACCGGCAAAGAGCGCGGUCACGUCUUGAGCAAAGGAAGGCAGAGACUACAGGACAUAACCUUGCUUGUCCCUCUCACCUCGCUGGAGUAUCUUGGUCGUCACCGACCUUAG